AUGAAAAAAAUAAAUAUUUCAAAAAAAGAUCCUAUUGUAGAAAUAUUAAUAAAUUCUUUAGCAAACCUACCAACCCCAACUUCAAUUUCAUACUUAUGAAACAUAGGUUUUCUCCUAGGAAUAACACUAAUACUUCAAAUUAUUACAGGACUAGUAUUAUCAAUAAAUUUUGUAAGAGAAACAUCAUUAGCAUUUCAAUCAGUUAUACAUAUUAUGCGGGAUAUUGACCACGGUUGAAUUAUGCGGUACAUUCAUAGAAAUGGAGCUUCAUUAUUUUUUAUUUUUAUAUACAUCCAUCUAGCCCGAGGAAUUUAUUUUAACUCUCCAAUCAAAAUACCAAUAGUAUGAGGGUCAGGUGUGAUUAUCCUACUUCUUACUAUGAUAACUGCUUUCAUAGGAUACGUUCUACCUUGAGGGCAAAUGUCUUUCUGAGGAGCUACAGUUAUUACAAGAAUAAUCUCAGCCCUCCCAUAUUUAGGCCCACAAGUAACAACCUGAGUGUGGGGAAACUUCUCAGUAUCCCAACCCACCUUGAAUCGAUUCUUCUCAUUACAUUUUAUUCUACCUUUUAUUAUCACAGCCCUUGUUAUAGUCCACCUAAUCUUACUUCAUAAACCAGGUUCUUCAAACCCCAUAGGGUUAAACACAGACUUUGAUAAAAUAAAAUUUUUCCCUUAUUUUUUAGUAAAAGAUUCUACUCCUUUAAUAUUAUCAAUAAUUCUAAUUAUGACAGUGGUUUGUCUAAACCCUAACAUGCUAGGAGAUGUGGAAAAUUUUUCCCCAGCUAGAAGAACAUCUACCCCAACACACAUCCAACCAGAGUGGUAUUUCCUAUUUGCAUAUGCAAUCCUUCGGGCUAUCCCAUCAAAACUAGGUGGAGUAUGCGCAAUAGCCGGCUCAAUUCUAGUGUUACUAAUCCUAUGCUUCAUAAAAAGAAAAUUUAAUAAAAAAUUCAAUCCUAUCAAAAAAGUUAUUUUUUGAAUCUUUGUAAGUAAUGUAAUCUUACUUACAUGAAUUGGAGCAAACCCUGUUGAAUACCCCUACAUUAACAUUGGUAUAUUUAUAACCAUUUCAUACUUUUUAUUAAUUUUAUUAAUCAUAUAA